ACUCUUUUAUUGGACAAAAGAAGUUAAGGUGCCGCUUCAGUUUGAAAUGACUACUCGCUUAGCACUGAAACGGCUACUUUAGUAGCAUAGCAUGUGUGACGUUGGGCUUAAGGCCAAGGAUCAUUGUGACGGUGUUCAAGUUAUAGUGUACGAAGCAGCCUUGGCUGUCUUGAGGUGGUUCAAGGCAUUGAGGGAGCUAUUGGUUUCAACAAGGCAGCGUCAAGAUUGUAUGCAACCAUUGAUCUUGGAAAAGCCAGAGUUGGCAGAACCAGAUUACUGGAUGAUCACAAAAAUCCACGGUGGUACGAAUCAUUCCACAUUUACUGUGCCCAUAUGGCUGCCAAUGUCAUAAUCACCGUCAAAUUUGAUAAUCCAAUUGGAGCAGAAGUCAUUGGAAGAGCUUACUUUCCAGUACAACAACUGCUAGAUGGAGAAGAAGUUGAUGAAUGGCUUGAAAUCCUCAAUACAGAACGAAAACCCUUGCAUGGACACUCUAAAAUCCAUGUGAAGUUGCAAUAUUUUGAUGUCACAAGGGAAUAUAAUUGGAAUAGAGGGAUAAAAGUCACAAGAUUUCCUGGAGUUCCUUACACAUUCUUUCGUCAAAGACAAGGAUGCAGGGUCACCCUUUACCAAGAUUGUCAUGUUCCUGAUAACUUCAUCCCGAAAAUUCCACUUUCUGAUGGAAAGUUUUAUAAGCCACAACGAUGUUGGGAAGACAUUUUUGAUGCAGUCACUAAUGCAAAGCAUUUAAUUUAUAUAACUGGAUGGUCUAUUUAUACCGAGGUCACUUUGAUAAGGGACAGGAGGAGGCCUAAGCCUGGUGGAGACAUAUCGCUCGGAGAGUUGCUUAAGAGAAAAGCUAAUGAAGGUGUGCGAGUUCUAAUGUUGGUCUGGGAUGACAGGACAUCGAUUCCUGUGUUACAACAAGAUGGACUAAUGGCUACUCAUGAUGAAGAAACUGCUAAUUAUUUUCGAGGCACUCAAGUAAGUUGUGUGUUGUGUCCUCGAAAUCCUGAUGAUGGACGGAGCAUUAUUCAGAAUAUAGAGAUUGGGACAAUGUUUACUCAUCAUCAAAAGAUUGUAAUUGUUGAUGGAGAAAUGCCUAAUGGAGACAGGGAGAGGAGGAGAAUUGUGAGUUAUAUUGGUGGGCUUGAUCUUUGUGAUGGUAGAUAUGAUACACAAUUUCACUCCCUUUUCAGGACUUUGGACACAGCACAUCAUGAUGAUUUUCACCAACCAAAUUUCACCGGUACCUCAAUUCAUAAAGGCGGACCAAGAGAGCCUUGGCACGAUAUCCAUUGCCGAAUAGAAGGGCCAGCAGCUUGGGAUGUGCUCUACAAUUUUGAACAGAGAUGGAGGAAGCAAGGGGUAAGGGACUUGCUUAUAGACCUAAGGGAUAUCGAUAAUAUCAUCAUACCACCUUCACCUGUUAUGUAUCCUGAUGAUCACGACACAUGGAAUGUUCAAGUUUUUCGAUCCAUUGAUGGAGGAGCAGCUUUUGGCUUCCCCAGUGCUCCCGAAGAGGCAGCCAAGUCUGGUCUUAUAAGUGGUAAGGAGAACAUCAUUGAUCGAAGCAUACAGGAUGCAUAUAUUAAUGCCAUUCGUCGAGCAAAGCAUUUCAUUUACAUAGAAAAUCAGUACUUUUUAGGCAGCUGCUUUUCAUGGUACUCCAAUGAUAUCAAGGACGAAGCCAUUAAUUCUCUGCAGUUGAUCCCAAAGGAGCUGUCUUUGAAGAUAGUCAGCAAAAUUGAAGCAGGGGAAAGGUUUACAGUUUAUGUUGUGGUUCCAAUGUGGCCAGAAGGCCUUCCUGAGAGUGCAUCUGUACAAGCAAUACUGGAUUGGCAAAGGAGGACCAUGCAAAUGAUGUAUACCGAUAUAAUUCAAGCUCUAAAAGUAAAGGGAAUUGUGGCAAAUCCCAAGGAGUAUUUGAGUUUCUUUUGCCUUGGCAAUAGGGAAACAAAGAAGAGAGGAGAAUACGAGCCUUGUGAAACGCCAGAACCUAAUUCCGGCUAUCAUAAAGCUCAAGAAGCCAGACGUUUCAUGAUUUACGUGCAUUCCAAAAUGAUGAUAGUGGAUGAUGAAUACAUUAUCAUUGGAUCAGCUAACAUCAAUCAAAGGUCAAUGGAUGGUGCAAGAGACUCAGAAAUAGCAAUGGGAGCCUACCAACCAUUUCAUCUAUGUGUGAAGGAGCCAGCUAGGGGUCAAGUUCAUGGGUUCCGUAUGGCAUUGUGGUACGAGCACUUAGGCAUGUUAGACGACAGGUUCCUUCAACCAGAGAGCGUAGAAUGCAUCCGAAAGGUGAACAAAAUUGGUGACAAAUAUUGGGAUAUGUAUUCAAGUGAAAGACUCAUUCAUGAUUUGCCUGGACACCUUCUUACUUACCCUAUUGGUAUUACUGAAAAUGGAGAAAUCACUGAACUACCUGGAGUAGGAUGUUUUCCUGACACCAUGGCACCUGUUCUUGGUACCAUAUCUAAUUUUCUUCCUCCCAUCCUCACAACCUAAACCUCCAACUUUUAAUUUGUUCCAUUCAUUCUCUAGACAUAUAUAUUUAUCAUUAAUUUCUACAUGCUAAUAAGGUUUCUUAUUAAGGAAUGAAAGGUUAAUAUCACCAUAGGACAUUCACUACUAAAUGUGCAGCAGCUAUUCUCAAUAUUUCAAUGGAAAUGGAGCGGGGGAAUCAUGUUUUAUGACACAAAUUUUCCAUUGGCGUAAUGACAAAAUUAAGAAGAAAUGUUAAAUGAGAUAUGACAACAUCAGCGGAUUAAGGUUAAUUUUACCCUUCACUUCCUGUCCCGCUUAUUAUUGGAUACUUUUCAUAUUUCGAAUUCUCUUAGUGAAAAUCUUACGUCUUAUCUUUUAUCGUCA